UGAGCUAUAGAAAAUAAUAGAGACGAAGGUGCAAACAUGGCAAACAAUGACAUGCAAGCGAGCGAAAACAGAGAAGGAGAAAGAGUAACGAAAAAUCUAGAUGAAUCUAGUAAGAAUCAUGAAGCAACUAUAUGACAUUGAAUGGAGGAUAAGGAGGGUGGAGUAUGAGUACAAAAGCGAGAAGAUGGAAAAGUGUUUGGUUAAAUUCAAAUGUGAACACAUUAAAAGCGAGAUAAGUGUAAUGAAUGGAGUGGUGCAGAUGGAAGGCUAUCCAAAGCCUGAAUACUUGAAGGAUGAUGAUAUUGAGGGCAAGCUAAAAUGCGUAAUACAAGAACUUGACGAUGUGAUUUCUUUCAAGUUAAAAAAUAGUGGGGAGGAGGUUGGAGAGGAUAUUAUUAAUCCCCACAAGUGGGUUCGACGGCAUGAAUCUUCUUCUUCUUCUUAUGAUUCCAAGCUUGGUUUAGUGCAAAAGGAAGUAACUGAAGUUUCAAAAUGGUUGUCCGGCAUUGCUAAGAGGAUGGAGAAAAUCAGGAUGUUAGUUUCCCAAUUCAGCCCCAGCACGAGUGGCUUCUGGAUUGAGAAAAGGCUAUCAAACACAAUUUUAUAAAUUUUAUGGUAGAAAGUGAAAACUACAACUGGUGGAUAAUUCUGGAGUGAGAGACAGGAUAAGCCCUUAGGAUGGUGAUGAAGAGAAUGAGGCACUCUUGGAGAAGCUAAGAGAUCCAAUUGGAGACUGAUAUUCAUCUAAAUCAAAAAGAUGUUCAAGUUUUGUUUAAGAUAUAUAGAAGCAAAACAAAAUGCUGACAGAUGGAUCGGAGGAGGUUCAUGUUCUAGAUAUGAAGGUGUACCACAGAAAAAGAAACCGCCAGGAGUACAGUACAGUUGCAGCAAACACUAAAAGGUGUUGCUCUUACACAGCAGGAGGAUGUAGAUUUGAUCUCCCUCAACUCCCAAAUAACUCCUCACAACUUAAUGAAGUUGAGCAUAAUUGUUUACUUCAAUUUUAAUGAACAAGUUUGAAAUUUACAAAGCUUCUAUAAUCUUCAUGCUCUAAAUAUAAAAUGGUCGGUAGAAGGUGAUGUAGUAGAUAGAUAUGGUUUUGAGCUUCCGCCACAACUAAGGAAACUUCAGCUACAUUUGUAUCGAGGUAAGAAUUGACCAGUUUGGCUCAAGAGGCAUCCUACUUUGGAAACACUUUACUUCGCUUGUUCAUGGUUGAUUAAGGCUUUCCCGGAUGAUCUUAUAUAUGCUACCCAAACUUCAUGUUUUGAUCUUGCCAGGUUUAACUAAGUUUGAUUAGGAUAAUAUUGUGGAACAUGGGAUAUCUUGUUGCUUUCCCUCUCUCAAACUGUUGUAUGAAUGGCACUCUUCUUAUCAUUGGAUCUAAGCUAAGGGUGUUUCACUUUUUUUUUUUUUCUUUCAUUCUUUUCAU